UUCAAGCAAGACAUCAAAAGCCAUUAUAUCACACUCAGUUGUUGCCUCUCCCUACCCCCACGUUGUGGUCUAUCCCUCCUGAUCGAGUGGCGGCCUUCGCACGCUCCUGACCAUGGCUGUCUUCCAGCCCAACCUCUUCCUCCUCUUGCCUCUCGUCUCGGUGCUGGUGAUGGCACCGGACCUGGCCGCCGGCGACAACGCGGCCCACCUGCACUUCUACAUGCACGACACUCUCAGCGGCUCCACCCCCAGCGCCGUCAGGGUCGUGCGAGUGUCCGACUCGACGGUGUUAGGCUUCGGAGACGUCGUCGUGACAGACGACCCGCUGACCGAGGGGCCGGACCUUCGGUCGGCUCCCGUCGGCCGGUCGCAGGGUCUCUACGCCAUGGUUUCCCAGGGUACCGGUGACCCAGCGCUGCUUCUGGGCGUCAACCUGGUGUUCACGGAGGGGACGCGCAACGGGAGCACGCUGGCAGUGCUUGGGAGGGACGCCGUCUACUUGCCGGUGAGGGAGCUCCCGGUUGUCGGCGGCAGCGGCGUCUUCCGCCUCGCCCGCGGCUACGCCCUCAUCAAGACGUACUCGCUCAACACCACCACCGGCGAUGCCGUCUUGGAGUGGGACGUAUUCGUCGUGCAAUAAUUUUCGUGCUCGUUGAUCGAUCAAGUCCUCCUCGUUCUCCUCUCGUCCGAUUUCAUGCUUCGUCUGUGAAGCAUGAGCAGCCUAAAAUAUGUUGCAUUCUGUUCUCUAUCGUGAAAUGCAUCAUCAUCAUCAUCAAGAUCAAAAUGAGAAGCUUAGGUCGGCAGUCGCAGUCUGAUUGAUGCCCAGUGAUCUUCCAAUCAAAUAAGAAAAUAAAAAGAAAGAAAAUUGACCUGUCGUA